AUGGUCUCCGCGCAGUACAUAACAUCCCCCGGACCAGCACCGACCUUCCAGAAUGGAAAAAGUGACGUCGAUGGAGGAGCUCUAGACGAAUGGGGUGAUGCAGCGCAGGCUUAUCUGGCGAUUAACUCCCCAGGAUACUCAUAUGAUCGGGCUUUGUUGAAAUCUCCUAAGGCCGAGCCAGCUUUCACGUCGCUUCCUACAGGAGCUGCAGCGGAUUUUGGGUACCAGCCUGCAGGCUACAGCGACCAUACACCACAACCGCUGGUAUCUAUCCAGCUUGCCGAUGAAGACGAAGAUUCUCACACACCACUGGGGUCGUCCAAAUCGAAAGGCAAUAUUUACCGGCGAGUAUGGGGCUCGGGUCCGUCCCCAAUUUUGCAGAGGCAAAUCCAGCGCUACAGCCUCAGGAACAAACUGAACAAAAGCCUUGGGGAUCGUUCAUCCAUCGCGGACAGCCCCGGAAAUGCUGCUUAUAAGGCGCCGGAAACGCGCCUCCCACGGGUGGCGUACCUGACACCAGGGACCAAGAUCCCAGCGCCGGGCUCUCCGCUGGCAUACAGGACCACGGCUAGCAGCCCGGGGCCCAAUCCCUUGACGCCGUCCUCAGCAUUGAAGCAAUCACCGGCUGCGGGCUCGGGACACAAGGCGAUUCAGUACCAGCCGCGCGGUUUGGCGGUGAUCCGACACAUGGCGGCCGCCAGCACUAAUAGCAGCGGCGCCUGGCCUGGAACAUCACCUGCUCGGUCAGACGUCGUCGCCAAACCAAGUCCUACCAUGGCCCGGACACUCGAUGGGCUGCUGCUGGCGGAGGACAUUGUUGCAGCCCUGGUCGCCGCCGCGGUGGAGAUGGCAGAGAACGGCGCAAAACAGAGCGCACGCAGCAACGGUGGCACAGCACGCCCACUGCGGCAGAAGCUGGCUGUGGUUUCAGAAGGAGAUCGGGCUGACGUGGCGAGUGAAUAUGGCGAUGGAAAGGGCCCCGAUUGCCGUUGCCAUGUGAUGUGA